AUGGCGGGCCGCUGGGCUCAGGAGGAGGAAGAGGACAAGGAAGGAGAGAGCGGGAGCUUGAGGCUGCGCCACAAGGAGGAGCUGAGCCGGAGGAUUAAAGAGCAGAAGGUUGUAGUUGAUGAGCUUUCUAAUUUGAAGAAGAACCGGAAGGUUUAUAAGCAGCAACCCAAUAGCAACAUAUUCUUCCUUGUAGACCGAACAGAAACACUGUCUCAGUGCAAAAACACAUUAGAUGAAUUAAAGAAGACACAUCAGGAGAUGGAAAAUUCAGAGAAGACUAAAAUCAAGAAAUAG